AUGGAGAAACUUUUAGCGACAAAAUCAUCCUCGUAUCCGACCAAUCUUUGGGACUGUGGCAGCACGCUCUACGACUCGUUUGAGCUCAACUCCUUCCAACGCCAACUCCACUCCGCUAUAGCUAAUUCCCCUAUAACUAGAACCCUUUCCAUGCCUCACUUACCGGAGCGUUCGCUUCACGCGUUGCCAGAUCACCCUCCUCUACCUUCCACCACCAUCAUGUCACGAAAGUCCUUCAACUUCUCUCGCUCCUUUCACAAACUCAUUCGCUCCGUUUUCAAGUCCAACAAUAAAUCCACCACCGCCACCACUACCACUGGUUUGAGUUUCCAAGUUCCAGAGAAAUACUCCAAAGAGCGGUUCUACGUGGUUUAUGAUAAGUCUGGACCCGUUCUCUCCACCAUCCCCGAAGUUCCAGAGUUUGAGAUCGCUGCACUCUCGCCGGAGAUAUCUUCCUUCGUCAGAAGUGAAGGUUGGCCUCAAUGA